AUGCUACAUUUUUAUACAUAUUACAAAUAUUCAAUACUUACAUUUGAUAAAGCAAUUGCAGGUACCUUUUUGGUACAGCAACCUUCAAGUCGGGAAAAUGCACCAAUAAAGUUGAUUUUACGUUUAGCAAAUUUAAAGCAUGUAGAUCAUAACAAUAACAAUAAUUCACAAAUACAAAUGGGUAAAAAAAAAGAGUUAACGGCUGAACAAUAUGGGGCAAUUCUUUAUGGCCACAAACGAGGUGAUUCAUAUCAGAAAAUUGCUGACAAUGUCCAAUGUGGCAAAACGACUGUCCAUGAUGCGAUAAAACGUUUCAAAAAAACGGGUUCUGCAAUACCAAAAAAACGUUGCGGCCCAAAGCCACUUUUUGAUUCCAAUGCACAAGCCUCACUCAAAAAGAUCGUUACACAAAAUUCGAAGCAUCGCCGCCUCACCACUCAUAAAAUUCAGGAAUUAUGGAUUAAAAAAAAAAAGAAGAAAGUUUCAACUGUUACAAUUCGUCGAACCCUUAAAAAAGUUGGUUUACGUCGUAGCUUACGUGUGUGGCGUACACCAGAAGAAGAAUUUGAUCCUUCUUGUUUAACUGCUACGGUAAAGCACAAAUGGAUAAAAAGAGAAAAUGGAAUUAUCCACUUCAGAAAACCAAAUAUUUCACCAUUCGUUUUUGAAAUUAUUUUAAAGUUUAUUUAUGGAGGAAAAAUCAUGUUUGAUGAAGAAGAGAAAGAACCUUUGAUAAUAUUUGAAUGCCUGAUGGCAGCCGAUGAAUUAUUAUUGGACGAGUUUAUUGAUUACACACAAACGUUAUUACUAAAUAAACAUAUCCAAUGGCUUAAAGACAACCUUCCCAUAAUCUUCCGUAUUACUUUUAACACAAAUGCAUUAAAGAAAUUACAAGAUUUCUGUUUAGAUCAUAUUCGCAAAUAUCCUAAUCUGUUAUUUGACUUGGAUGAAUUUUUAUUAUUGCCAGAAGAUUGCUUGGAACAAUUAUUAAAGGAUGAUGAAUUAGAAAUGGAAGAAAUGGUGAUUUGGGAAAAAUUGCCUUUCAAAAAAUCAUUGGGUGAAUUCUAUGAUACAAUGGAGAAAUUUCAUUUGCCCAUCAUCUCCAAUAAUGCAGUCACCAAUAGUUCUCCUUUAACAACAAAGGAAUUCACAUCAUCAUUGACAAUUUAUCGACCAAAAUAUCUUACAAUUUUGCCAUAUCCCUCAUGGAUAGAUAAAAUGGAUUUAACAGGUAAUAAUAAUGGUGGUGUAGAUAAUCAUAACACUAAUAAUAUUGCUACUACUAGUAGUGCUACCACCACCACUAAUAAUAAUUCAGAUCACAAGUAUGCUUUAAAUUAUUGGAGAUCAAUUGGACCUUCAUUUGGUAAAUUUGAUUUACUAAUGGAAAACAAUAUUAUCAAAUUUAAACAUAAAAGCUAUCAUCCAAACAUUAUGCCAAUUGAUAAUGGGUAUGCUAGAAUUGAAGAUUAUGAAGUGUUUCAAGUGGUUAGGAAAGCUACUGUCUUACACUGA